UGGUGAGAGGAGGACGGUGUUGGAUUUAGGAUUCUCUUGGUGGUAAAUUAAGUAUUUAUAGAUAUUUUUUUUGGUUAGUUUUUUCGUCUAGUCGUUUAUUCCCCCGACAGCUUGCUGUUUGGGGGAGUAUUAGUAUACUUUAGUUUGGUUUUUUUUGAUGUCUCACGCGGUUUCGAAACCUGGAAUGGAAGACGGUAUGGAACGGAACACGGCUCCUCGUGCGGGGACGGAUGGUGGUUGUGUGGCGAAGGGGACAUCGGAGGACGUACUAGGCGGGAGACCGGAGACUGCGGAGAGAGCAACGAGAGAGAAGGAGGACAAGGUUGCGGAUGGUGGCCCGAGCUACAGCAGGGAGUUGUCUGUGGCUGUGGAGCUGGUGGGAGAGGAGAAAAUCCCGAUGAUGGAGAUGCUAAGGGCGAUGCAGAGUGUAUGUGGAUUGGUCUUGGGAUGUCGCUACCUCUCGUUAAAUAAAUAUGAAGUAACAAUGAAUCACCCCAACGGGAAGAGGCGAUUGUUGGACGGCUUCAGGAUAAGGGGGACCAGCGUCGUCGCAAAAGACUUGACAUCGGAUGAGAUGGUGGUGUCCUUUAUGAGUCUACCGGUGUACAUUACGGAUGAGGAGAUUCUGAAGAAGCUUGCGGACUGGGGUGUGGAGGCAGUUUCGCCGAUUGCAAGGAGGAAGUGGCCUGGGAUGAACAUAUGUGAGGGAACACGCUUUGUUAAGGUGAAGUUUAACAAGGAAGUACGGUCCUUGCCUUGGUCCACACGUUUUGACACUGAAAAGGGUGCUGAAUAUUUCCGUGUCAUCCAUGACAGACAAUUAAAGGUAUGUAGAUUGUGCAUCCAGCCUGGACAUAUAGUGAGGGACUGUCCUGACUUCCUCUGUCGGAAGUGCGGGAAGCAGGGACACUAUGCAAGGGAGUGUGUGGCUGUGAUUGAGAGUGUGGUAAUAGAAGGGAAAAUUGUGUGUGUAAGGAGGAGCAGGUGGGAGGGGGUGCCCUCUCAGUUGACCCAGACUCAAGGGCUGUAUCGUUGGAGAGUGAGGGAAGUGGAGGGGAAGAGAGUGCGGAAGAGGAGAUGGAGCACGGGGAGCUGUCUGACGGGGAGACAGUCUUGGACAGUCAGCUACGGGUUGUGCUGAAGGACCCGGGUGUGGGGGGCACGGGGUUGCCCGGGGGGCAAAGCUUUCAAGUAGAGCUUUCCUCUCUACCGGCAUCUGGGCACCCUACACCAGCGGAGGGCGUAGCCAAGGUGCUGCGGGGGUCUGGACA